AUGUCCAACACUACGGAAACGUCGGGACCGCUCACCCAAGAACAAGCCGAUGCACUGAGGUCAGGAUGUCACAGCUUGAUAGAAGGAAUCGAUACUUCCUAUGGCUACGUCCCGACCUUGGGGGCUGGAAUUGCAUUCUGUGCUCUCUUCGGUCUGAGUCUUUUUGGCCACUCUGUCCAAUUUGUUAGGAAACGUCAAUGGACAUCAUUCGCUUUUGCAGUUGGAGCCUUGACUGAAGUCAUUGGUUGGGCUGGUCGCACGUGGUCAAGCGAAUGUCCAUACAACAACAACGCGUUCUUGAUGCAGAUUACAACUCUCAUCAUCGCUCCAACCUUUAUCACGGCAGGACUCUACGUAAUACUCGGUGCUCUCAUUAAUCGUCUUGGUCGUGAAUCGUCUGUUCUUGGACCUAAGAUGUACGCAAUCAUCUUUUUGACAUGUGAUAUCAUCGCUCUAGUCAUACAAGCUGUUGGGGGAGCCAUGGCCUCCACUGAGUCAGACAAAAUUGACGGUGAUACAAAGCCAGGAACAAACAUCAUGGUCGCUGGUAUUGUCUUCCAGAUGGCAGCCAUGGUCGUUUUCGCUGUCCUAGUUAUUGACUUUCUGAGAAGAGUAUUUGUCAAAAAGUCUUACUUACAGACCAGGAAGCACGGGCUAUCUGAUGGUAAUACUUUACCUAAGGCUUAUACUUGGCUUUUGGCUGCAGUCUUUGUGUCUUUGACCAUGAUAUUCAUCCGAAGUAUCUACCGAACUGUUGAACUUCUGCAAGGCUGGAGUGGUUACCUGAUUACCCAUGAAGGGUACUUCAUCGGUUUAGAUGGUGCCAUUAUGGUUGUAGCUAUAGCGGUUUUUAAUUUCCUCGAUCCGGUCUAUCUUUUAUGGGGCCAGGAUGAUAAACUGGCAUCAUCUUUCGAACAGAAUGAGCUAAGGGGGGUGGGAGAUGUUAGUGUGGAGCGCUGGGAUGAUGCUACUAUAGUGACUGACUAG